AUGUCGCCCAAAGCACGCGUUCUCAUCUACGUGCUGCGCCGCGACCUACGACUUUCUGACAAUCCGAUAUUCCACGAGGUGUCGCGACUCUUCCAACAGUCACAACANCCCUUUACACACUUUCUUCCUGUCUACAUAUUUCCGGCCAACCAGCUUGAGGUCUCUGGCUUUAUAUCAGACUCCUCCGCCAAGUCACCAUACCCAGAAGCUAGAGCCCCAGUCAGUGGCUUCUGGCGAUGUGGUAAGCUCAGGGCCAAGUUCCUGGCAGAGAGUGUGUGGGACUUGAAGAAGGACUUGGAAAAGUUUGGUAGUGACCUUCAAGUACGAGUGGGUACCGUUCACGAUGCGGUCCGAAGUAUACUCCAAGGUUACAAGGACCACAAUGAGAUGGACAUUGCUGGUGUUUGGAUGACCAACGAGGAGGGCGUUGAAGAGAAGAGGGAGGAGAAGUCUGUCAGGAAGCUUUGCAAGGAGUUCGACUCAGAGUUCAAGCUUUGGGUGGAUGAGAAAUAUUUCGUGGAUGAAAAGACUGUGGAACCUCUGAGAUCUGCGCCACGCAAGACUAUCCCAGCGCCCAAUACCCUGCCACCUCUCCCAACCCAUAUUCCCGCACAAUUCGAGCCCUUCAAGAUUCCGGAAUCUCUGGCAGGCAUCAUAGAAGCUCUCAACAAGCCACUUGGAGAUGAUCUCGGUAUUCCAAACGUGGCGAAAUGGCCCGAAGGAGCAGAAUCUGCACAUCCAUAUGGAGGUGGAUCUAAAUCAGGACACGAGCGCAUCGAUCAUCUCAUUGAGAGCGGCAGUAUGACAACAUAUAAAGACACCCGCAAUGGACUGUUGGGCGAGGAUUUCAGCACAAAGCUAUCUGCGUGGUUAGCUCUUGGGUGUUUCACAGCACGUCAAGUACAUUGGAAGCUGGUCGAUUUUGAAGACGGCAAGACGCCACUAGGAAAAGAUGCUCCAGGAUACGGUAAGGGCGAAAACAAGGGCACAGCUGCUGUUCGCUUCGAGCUUUUGUGGCGAGACUACAUGCGCCUGUGCACGCGUAAAUUCGGACCUCGCCUGUUUCACGUAGAGGGUUUCAGAAACGAUCAGAACGCAUCGUGGAAGUACAUCUCUAGUCCUUUCAGCGAUUCGACCGACAAGAAGAACAAGGGUGGCAGCAACGAUGAUGCCACUGCAGCAGCAGUGAUGCGUUUUGUCACUGGAAGAACUGGCACUGGACUCAUUGAUGCCAGUCAACGCGAACUCUUCUUGACUGGAUACACCUCAAACCGCGCAAGACAAAAUGUUGCGAGCUACCUAUCUAAACAUCUAGGAGUUGACUGGCGCAUCGGCGCUGAGUGGUACGAGUGCAACCUGAUUGAUUAUGAUCUUUCAAGCAACUGGGGAAACUGGCAAUACGUCGCCGGUGUGGGCAACGAUCCUCGCGGCGAAUCGCGCGUCUUCAAUCCUGUCAAGCAGGCUCUGGACUACGACCCACAAGGCGAGUACAUCCGCACAUGGGUUGAAGAACUCAAGGACAUCAAGGUCGGAUCUCAAAGCGAAGGAACGCAAGACCCACAAAAUUUGAUGGGUGUCUUCCAAGCAUGGAGACUGCCUGAGGAAGAGAAGAAGAGAGUAGACAUACAGUCGGUGGAAUGGGUCCAGAAGCCUCUCGUAAAGAUUGACUUCUCGCUCAACAGACGAGGCGGUGGUAGUAAGCGUGGUCGAGGCAGUGGACGUGGUGGACGUGGAGGUGGCCGCGGAGGAAGAAACGACAGAAAAGGUACGCCUGAGAAGGCACAUGCAUAA